UUACCUGUCCAAGAAUCACCUGCCGACAACCUUUCAGACCUUCUAAAAAUCAAACCUUGAGCCUCCAGUUGUGAAGGCUCGCGCGCACGUGCAGGGCAACCGCGCAUAAUCAGCAGCGCUUGUUCGGGCUCAGGGGCUGACGGGCAAACGUCACGGGGUCCGGGGAAGCGGGGAGCGAGGGAGCGCGAGAGGUGUUCAGCAGCAAGAAGGUGAUGUCGUAAAGCGGAGUGUCGUAAACCAGGUGCGGGGAGGGGAGGUGGGGUGGAGGGAGGAGGGGUGGAGGCGAGAGAGGAGGUGACUCUCCGGCAGCAUUUAGACACAGCGAAAGGAUCAUGGCGGAUGGCCCCAGGUGUAAGCGCAGAAAACAGGCGAAUCCGAGGAGGAAUAACGUAACGAACUACAACAAUGGCGCGGAGGCGACCUCGGACUCGGACGACGAGGACAAGCUGCACAUCGUGGAGGAGGACAGCCUGCCGGACGGGGGGGACGGGGGGGACACGGGGGACGAGGCGGAGUCGGACGGCAACGCGCCAGAGAGCCGCCCGGACGCCCGCGCCGCAGUAUUAACAGCCAACGGAAAACAGCGCCACCCGCAGUGGGACAGUGAAGACCUGGGGCCUGAUGCUAAGAAGCAGAGAACGAGGUUUAAAGUGAAGGCCGAGAGCGGCUCGGAGCCGGAGGAGAACGGGAGCGCGGACGCCAUGGUGGAGGAGAUGCUCCAGCAGGGGGACACGGCCGUCAUCUACCCCGUCGCUCCGGAGGAGGAGGCGCGGCAGGGCACGCCGGAGGCCAGCGGGCACGACGAAAACGGGACCCCGGACGCCUUCUCCCAGCUGCUCACCUGCCCGUACUGCGCCAGGGGCUACAAGCGCUACACCUCGCUGAAGGAGCACAUCAAGUACCGCCACGAGAAGAGCGAGGACAACUUCAGCUGCUCGCUGUGCAGCUACACCUUCGCCUACCGCACGCAGCUGGACCGCCACAUGACCGCGCACAAGUCUGGGCGAGAACAGCGCGUACACGUGACGCAGUCGGGGGGGAACCGAAAGUUCAAGUGCACCGAGUGCACCAAGGCCUUCAAGUACAAGCACCACCUGAAGGAGCAUUUACGGAUCCACAGCGGAGAGAAGCCAUACGAGUGUCCAAACUGUAAGAAGCGCUUCUCCCACUCGGGCUCCUACAGCUCCCACAUCAGCAGCAAGAAGUGCAUCGGGCCCGUCCCCGUCAACGGCCGGCCCCGCCCGGGGGGCAAGCCCGCCCUCUGCCCCUCCCCCUCCCCGUCCCUGGCCCCCUCCCCCGCGCCCGCCGGGCGGACCGUCGCCCGGGAGAAGCCCGACCCGGGGAAGCCGCUCCAGGAGCAGCUGCCGGUCACGCAGAUCAAAGCCGAGCCGCUGGAGUACGAGUACAAGCCGGUGGUUCUGGCGCCGGCCGCCAACGGCGUCUUCAACGGGGGCCCCGCCCUGCCGCCGGCCCCGGCCCCGCCCCAGGGCGUGGUCCAGGCGGUGGUGCUGCCCACGGUGGGCCUGGUCUCGCCCAUCAGCAUCAACCUGAGCGACCUGCAGAGCGUGCUCAAGGUGGCCGUGGACGGCAACGUUCUGCGCCAGGUGCUGGAGAGCGCCCACCUCAACGCCGCCAACGCGUCCAAGGGGCCCGGCGGCGGGGUCGCCACGGCAACCACCGCCACCCACUCCGUCAUCUCCGCCAUCAGUCUUCCCAUCGUCGACCAGGACGGCACCACUAAGAUCAUCAUCAACUACAGCCUGGAGCCCAGCCACAACCCCCACCCAGCCCCGCCCGCGCCCGCGCCCGCCCCCCAGGCCCCCAAAAAGGAGGGCCCGCCCGCCCGGGCCCCGGACGCCGGCAAGGCGGAGACGGCCCCCGAGGACCCCGCCCCCAAGGCGGAGCAGAACAAAGAGGCGGAGCCGGCGGGCAGCGAGGGGGCGGGGGAAGCGGCGGGGGCGGGGCCGGACGGCGAGAGGACGUGUCUGCUGUGUGACGACUGCCCCGGCGGGCUGGACGCUCUGCACACGCUCAAACACUGCGGCCGCGAGGCGGCGGACCCGGCGGCGGCCGACGGCGAGCGCGACGGCGAGGGCGAGAGCGGGGCGGACCCCGGGGGCGUGUCGGCCCUGCUGGCGGACGGCGUGGCGGGCCAGCCGCCGCUGAAGAACCUGCUCUCGCUGCUCAAGGCCUACUUCGCCCUCAACGCCGAGCCCACCGCCGCCGAGCUCGCCAAGAUCGCCGACUCGGUCAGCCUGCCCGCCCACGUGGUCCGCCGGUGGUUCCACAAGAUGCGGUCCGGCCAGAUCGCCGUGGGGGGGCCGCCCCGCCCCCCCCAGUCCGGGGACGAGGCGUCGGAGGGGGGCGGAGCCGGAGCCGGGUCCGACCCCCCGGCGGAUCCCGAUGCCCCGCCCCCCCCCGCGACCGAAGCGCUGGAGGAGCCCGCGGACACGGACGAGGACCCGAGCGGCGACCCCCCCCAGGACCCCCCCUCCUCCCCGCUCAACCUCUCCUCCACCGGCCUCGUCAUCGUCAAGUCCGAGGAAGAGGAGGACGAGGACGGGCAGGCGGAGCCGCUGGACCUGUCGCUGCCCAAGCUCCCCAGGGAGGGGGGCGAGGGGGGGGGCGCCGCCGGCCUUCACCAGGGCAGCGCCUACUCCGUCCAGGAGGAGCCGCUCAACCUGACGUGCGCCAAGAAGGAGCCGCCCGCGCCCGCGCCCCUGACCUCCGACACCAUCUACGUCACCCCGAGCGCCAACCCCGUCAGCAUCGUGGCCACCCAGCUGCCCACCAUCCUGGCCAUCACCGAGCAGGGCAGCCUGCCCUGCCUGCGCGCCGUCACCGCCAGCAAGCACACCAUCCUCAUACCGCAGCUGGCCUACACCUACGCCACCACCGCCACCGCCACCGCCGCCGCCAGCAGCCCCCCCGCGGCCCCCGCCCCGCAGAAGCCCCUGCAGCCCAACGGCCUCCAGGAUGAGAGGCUGGACACUAGCUCAGAGGGGGUGGAGGAGCAGAACGAUUCGGACUCGGCCCCCCCGCGGAAGAAGAUGAGGAAGACGGAGAGCGGGAUGUACGCGUGUGACCUGUGUGACAAGAUCUUCCAGAAGAGCAGCUCCCUGCUGCGCCACAAGUACGAGCACACGGGCAAACGGCCUCACGAGUGCGGGAUCUGCAGCAAGGCCUUCAAACACAAGCACCACCUGAUCGAGCACAUGCGCCUGCACUCGGGGGAGAAGCCCUACCAGUGCGACAAGUGCGGCAAGCGCUUCUCCCACUCGGGCUCCUACUCCCAGCACAUGAACCACCGCUACUCCUACUGCAAGAAGGAGGGGCAGGAGCGCCAGGAGGGGGCCGAGCCGGGGGCCCAGGGAGGCGCGGACACGCCCGCCGCGGGGGAGCAGGCCGACGGCAGGACCGCCUCCCCUCCCUCCCAACCGGACUCGGAGGACCGCGACGAGGAGGAGAGCGAGGACGAGGAGGAGGAGGAGGAGGAGGAAGAGGAGCUGGAGGGAGGAGUGAGCGAGGACGAGAUCCAGGUGGUGCGGGUUGGGGAAGGUGAGGACAGCGAGGAAGAGUGGAGGGAACACGCGGGGGAGGAUGAGGAGGAGGAGCCAGAGGAGGAAGGGGAGGAGCUAGAGCAGGAAGGCAAAGAGACGCGGGGAGAAGAGGCAUGGCGUGACGAGGAGGCACAGGGAGUUGAGGAGGUGCGGGUGGGGGAAGUUGGGCUGCAGGAGGUCGAGGAGGAGACUGAGGGGGAGAUGGAGGGGGAGACGGAGGGGGAGACGCAGGAAGAGACAGCGGAGGAGGAGACGCAGGAAGAGACAGCAGAGGAGGAGACGCAGGAAGAGACAGCAGAGGAGGAGACGCAGGAAGAGACGGCGGAGGAGGAGACGCAGGAAGAGACAGCGGAGGAGGAGACGCAGGAAGAGACAGCGGAGGAGGAGACGCAGGAAGAGACAGCAGAGGAGGAGACGCAGGAAGAGACGGCGGAGGAGGAGACGCAGGAAGAGACAGCGGAGGAGGAGACGCAGGAAGAGACAGCGGAGGAGGAGACACAGGAAGAGACAGCGGAGGAGGAGACGCAGGAAGAGACAGCGGAGGAGGAGACGCAGGAAGAGAUGGAGGAGGGGGAGGGGGAGACGCAGGAGGAGAUGCAGAAGGAGACAGAAAAGGAGACGCAGGAGGAGACAGAGGGGGAGACGCUGGAGGAGACGCAAGAGGAGAUGGAGGAGAGGCAGGACAAGGAGACGCAAGAGGAGACGCAGGAAGGUCACACUCAGGUGGAAGAGGAGGCCAUGGAGACACAGGAGAGCGAAGGAGGAAGCGGGGCGGUGGAGGAGGUAGAGAGAAACGCGGGCGAGGGCUCCGAGAACAAAGAGAAGAAAGAGGAGGCGGAGGAGGAAUGA